AUGGGUUUGAUCAGACAUAGGAAGAGACGUAGCUCGAAAGCGAGGCUGGAUUUGAAAGUAAAGGUUGUGCAGACUCGAAAUGUGGAUUUAUUCAGAGAUUUCAAGUGCAACCCCACUUGUUUGGUUACUGUAUGCUCUUCGUCUAGCGGAAGGACUACAAAGUUGAGAAGUGGGAGAACAAGAUGGAAUGAAACUUUGAAAUUGAAGUUACCGACUAGUCCACAGUCAGAAUGGGUACGAAUUGUCAUCUAUGAUGCCCUGCCGACAAGUCCUGCGCUUUCCGAGACCGAUUCUGAGGUAAGUUGCUGUGAUGAAAUAAGUAGCAAUUCGGGCGCUAGUGGUAGCACUAGUGGUCCUCCAAGAAACGAAUAUCAGGCUAAUGCAACUCAUCAUUCUCGGCGUAAUAGUACGCAGAAUAGCUACCUUUACGUCGGGGAAAUUAAGUUGUCAUUAUUGGAAUUGUUCAAGAAGAAGGAUACAGUAUCAAGUUAUCGUUUCUCGUUGGAUCCAGCUUGGUACAAUAUUUAUGAUAGAAGGUUACAAAGGCAGUCAAAGGAAAAAUCUGACUCACUAUAUGUGGUUGGGGAACUCCAGCUUGCGUUUAAGCUAAGCACAAACUCCAAACACUCAACUUUGAUGCAAGUUUACAACCAGUGGAGAAAUAGUCUAAAGGCUACUUUAAACCAUAGAAGAGCGAUAAGAAAAGCAAAUUCCUCCAAUUCAUCUUUGCCUAAAUCGGUGUCAACCUCAACAAAGGCCGAUAAUACCGAUAACAGCAGUGAUGUAUUUAACUCCAAGGAAGAUGAUGAUGAUCAAGAAUCUCGUUUGGAUUAUUUUGAUAGCGGAUUGGACGGUCAAGAUGAAUUCACCAGCGAGAACAAUCUUUUGUCAGAUGAUAUCUCCCUGGGAAGUGACCCGAUGAGCUUGGAGGUUGAAGAUGAAGAUUUGGUCGAUAAGGAUCUGGCACCUAUGUUGCCAGUCCUUGACGAAUACGAGGUCGUGGGGCCUGAGAUGAUCUCGAAUUUCUCUCGUAUGUCUCUAACGGACGGUUAUCAAGAAGAAAUUGACGAAGAAGAUGAGGAUGAUGAGGAUGAGCAUGAAGACGAUGACGAAGCAACGGCAAUUGCAGAACCUCACCUCGAAAAUAUUUACGACGACCUUCAUUCUCCUGAGUUCGACGACAAGCUCGAUGACGAAGAUGACAUUGACGAGGCCGAGGAGGACAAGACAGAUAACUUUACUGUGAGAAAUACUGGCAAUCGUUUAAGAAGGCUGAGAAGAACGCGUCGCAACCAGAAGAUCUUGUCAAAUCACAUAUCGCCGACAAACAAUUAUAAAUUGUCUAAGAAGCAACAUGCAGCUGGAGUUGUUUUUAUGGAGUUGAAAAAUAUAAAAGAUCUACCAAUGCUCAAGAAUAAGUUAUCAAGAAGGAAAUAUGAUAUGGAUCCUUUUAUCAUUGCAACCUUCGGUAGAAGAGUCUUCAAAACGUCGUGGAAGAAACAAACGUUGAAUCCUGUUUACGACGAGUGUGCGGCAUUCGAGGUAUUUCCUGAAGAGACUAAUUUUGAGUUUCAUUUCAAGGUUCUGGACAAGGAUUCCUUUUCGGCAAAUGAUAAGAUCGCUGAUUGUAACCUUUCAUGGACUGAGAUGGUCUCAAAGCAAACACCUGAAGGUGAAUGGGCCAUGUACAAUUUGCCACUGCUUUUAACAGUGGAACCUCGAGAUUCAGUAGUCCCAGUUCUAUCACUGAGGAUCAAGUAUGUGCCUUACUCCGUGCUAAAGAAUUUCUUCUGGCAGAAUGCUUUGGCAAUGCAAACUUCUCGAAACGAUUUCAAUCUCGUCGACCUUACUCUGUAUUUGGAUAUGCUUGGUCAUUUCACUGUUGAAGAGGUUUGCGGUUUCUUCACUCAUUUCAAUAGACAACCUUGGAGGUGUGAUUACCUCAAUAAGGAUCAAUUGAUAGAGUAUUUGCAAACAUGGAAGAAGUCUUCACAUUUUAAAAACGUUUGGAAGUGUCCGAGCUGUUCUCGUUCUUGUAAACCAACACGUAAUACGAUGAACUCGAAACUGGUACUGGAAAACGAUUUGAUCACCCACUUCGCCGUUUGCUCUUAUGGAGGGAGUUGUAAGAUUUUAAAACCAUCCUACGUUUCCACCGACUUUGCAUCGAAGAGAUGGUUAUCAAAAGUGUUGAUUAAAAUGACAUACGGGAAAUAUGCCUUGGGAUCCAAUAAUGCCAACAUCCUAGUACAAGACAGAGACUCUGGUAUUAUCCUGGAAGAAAAAAUCAGCGCUCAUGUCAAGCUUGGUAUGAGAAUCAUUUACAAUGGUAAAGGAAAAGAAUCUAAGAAAUUCAGAUCAUUGCUCAAGACAUUGUCCGUGAGGCAAGGUAAAAAAUUUGAUGAUCCUUCUUCUGUCAGACAAAUUUUACCCUUCAUCAAGUUUCAUUCUCUUAACAUGGAGGAGUAUGAAGAUGUUCCCUAUAAGACAUUCAACGAUUUUUUCUAUAGAAGAAUAAAACCAGGAUUACGCAAACCAGAAGGUGAUAGUAAGAUCUUCGUAUCGCCUGCUGACUCUAGAUGCACUGUUUUCUCAAGCAUUCAUCAAGCAAAGGACAUAUGGAUCAAAGGUAGCCGAUUUACUUUAGCUCGACUAACAAAAAAUUACAAAUCGGAAAUUUUUAAUGACCGUUCAUGUAAUAUCCUGAUUUUUAGAUUGGCACCACAGGACUACCAUAGAUUCCAUUGCCCUUGUGAUGCCGUGAUUGGUAAACCAAUGUUCGUCGAUGGUCAGUACUAUACGGUAAACCCUAUGGCUAUUCGAAGUUCGCUGGACGUUUUUGGUGAAAACGUCCGCAUGAUCAUCCCGUUAGAGUCGCCUGACUUUGGAACUCUGCUCAUGAUCCCCAUCGGAGCCAUGAUGGUAGGAUCGAUUAUUCUGGAUCGGAAAGAAGGUGAUUUUGUAAAGCGUGGUGAAGAACUAGGCUAUUUCAAAUUCGGUGGUUCCACAGUCGUUCUAGUCGUGCCCUCCAAAGCACUUACCCUAGACGCAGAUCUAUCCAAGAAUUCUGCCGACGGCAUUGAGACCCUAGUGAAAGUCGGAAUGAGCGUUGGUCAUUCACCUCGAGUAUCAGAGCACAAGAGAGAGAAGAUCAGAAUUUUGAACUUUGCGGAGAGGGAACGGAUCAAGAGAACCAUAAGCAUUAGCCAAGAAAAUGCCAAUUCAUUGAAUAAUUCAACAUGGGAGUAUCAUGCACUGAAGAACAUGCUUACUUCCGAAUACGGAGAAGAAGGUGUCGAAUCAUUGGCACGCGGUGAUACUCCUCCUAGUGAUAUGCUAACCCGUUAUUCCUCCUCUACAUCUUCUACAUCGGCGGAAACGCCUUGA